AUGCGCGAGGUAUUCGAGGCGUUUUUAACUGAUCCGAUCUGUGUCAACGAAGACGUUUUCGCUUUAUGGCUUGAAGGCCAUAACACGAGUGAAGCAUUAAUUGCACGACUUCAGCUCCCUUCGCCCGUGUCUAUGCCUUUUUUAGGUGGAGACGCAGCCGCCAAACUGCGAGAACUUCUAUGGCGUGAUACAGUGGACCAAUAUCGCCUUUACGAUAAACUAGAACACUAUCUCUCCCAGCCAAGUCUUUUCCGCUCCCAGCUUCUGUUCCAAAUUCCGCCAUUACAGCAACAAUAUAUGGUAGAAUGCUAUUAUACACGUGAUACAGACGUUGACCGGUGGCUAUUGGGGAAAAAAUUCUCUAUGCGUCUGGAAAAAGAUCUAGACGGCGUUGCGGAGCAUUCAGGUCGUACACUUAAAAGUUGUCGACGACAAUUAGAGAAUUUACGACGUGUAUACGCUGCUAUAGAAGAUCGCAACUUUACUGGCCUUCCAUGUCGUAUCAUAAGUGAGCUCUUUGUUCUCUCCGAGUCACUAGCCU